AUGAACAGGAAAAAUCCGUUAGAAAGACAUAUACUAUCCCGAAGUUACACUUCUGAAGCCAAAGUGCAAGAAGUUUUAACUUCUAGAUACUCAGUUACUGGAGAACAAAAACCCCAUCUCAUCCUCAUUCCUACAGGAGCUGUAACCUCAACAACAGACAAACCAAAGGCAUUGUUACAUCGGGAAAUCACCACGGAUAAUGUAGAUGACCAUGCCAAGACAAGAAAGAAAUCAACUCGAUUAGAAUUGAAAUCAUAUAUUAAAUCUACUUUAGAUAAACAAAAGAAGUUAAUGAAAAAAAUCAAACAUCAUCAACAUCAAAAUAAAGAAAAAGUGAAACCUUUCCCAAUAUCAAAGAUGCUCUCUCAUUAUGAAAUUCCUUGCUUUGACGAGUUUGUUAGCUUGAAUAACUUGUGGCAAGACUAUAUGAGAAAUCUAUUAUUUCUGCCUCAAAUGAAAAACUUACCAUCUUUAACUCAUUUACUCCCACGACUUACCACGGCCGAUUACACCGGGUGUCUAUUAACAGUAACGAGCUCUAGAAAUAGUCAGUUGAUCGGCACGAGAGGAAUAGUUGUCUGGGAUACUCAGUAUCUGUUUAUAUUAUGUGUACCGAGAAAUUCAGACGCAAAAGAAUGGACUGAAUCACAGCAAGAAUUCAGCGCUUCAGAACAAGUUGGUGGAUUGAGAGUGAUCCCUAAAAGAGGAAGUAUAUUUGCGUUCGAUGUAAUCAUUAGAGGAGAAGAAAUACAAGAAAGCAAUCAGCAGAGUAAAGAAUGUGCCACAGAAGAAGAAGAAGAAGAAGAAGAAGAAGAUUGCAUUGGAUUCAGUAUUAUUGGGUCUAGAUUUGAAUUUAGAAACGUUGAUAGAUCUGGGAAAAAAUUCAAGAAUCAUAAGGUUGAUGAUUUGAUAUAA